AAGCUGAAAGCCAAAGUUGCUAUUAGAACGUCUAUAACGAAGUGAACUAUCAAUAUUGGUGCCUCGGAAAUUGAUAAAAUGAUGAACUUAAAUACCGAUGUUCUUCUAUUCCGUACAUUGUUUUAAAGGCAAAAAAUUUUUCUCAAAUGUUUUUCAUUAUCUUGUAUUAUGGUGUAUUUGUAUCCUUCGUUAGCAGUAAAAUUCAGUACACGUACGAUGCACCUAAUUUCAUCGACAACAAUACCGAAAUUAUCGAUGUCGAGAUAGCAUCCGAAUCGUACAAAGAAGCGCAAGUCGAUUCAAAGCCCGGACCAUGGCAAAAGUUUAUCGAACAUAAAAUCGUUCCUAUGAUUGUACCAGUUCCUCCGACUAAAUCUUGCGAAGUCAUUUAUGGGAAAAAUGUAAAAGCCGAAUUUGGUAACAUUAUCGCCUACGCAGAUCUCCAAAAAGAACCCAAUAUACAAUUCGAGGCUGAUAAGGAUAAAUUUUAUUGUAUAUAUAUGAGUGGAGUAAGGUUUUUCCCCGAUUAUCAUUUGAAAAUAAAAAAUCUCAAGACGACUUAUCGUAAGCCUCUGAAAUACGAAUGGCAUCAAUGGAUCGUAGGCAAUAUACCUGGUAAUAAGACAAGAGCUGGUGAUGUGUUAUGGCCAUAUGGAGAAGUCAUCGUACCGAUUCCAAUUUAUACGCAAGAAUAUAAUAUUUUGAUAUACGAACAAAAAAGAAGGAUGAAAUUUUCAAAAAAAGGUAGAAGGGUAGAGUUUGUGAAAGAAUAUCUUCCAGUGCAUAGAUUUGCCAAACAUCAUUAUUUGGGCGAUCCUAUUUUUGGCAACUACUUUUUACAAGGAGCUUAAGAAGAGAAAGCUGUGGUUAUUCGCCUAAUAUUUUUACCUACCUACUUAAUAUACCAAAGUAAAUCUGAAAAUAACCAUCGUCAUUUGAGUAUUUCGAGAUUGAAUUGUCAUUUUUUUUUACCAGAAUAAUAAUAUUAUACGUUAUAAUUUUGUCAACAA